UCACGUGACGGUUCCAAGAUGGCGGCGCCGUGUCGCUGUCCAUCGCCGCCAGCAGCAGCAGCAGCGCCCCCUCCUUUCCUGAGGGAGCCGCGUUUCUUCCGGCUGCGGGAAGAGCCCAGGUGCGGCCGGAGCCCUUGAGGCGGGGAGGGGAAGCGGAGACCAUGCAGCCGCCGGCCUCCCGCGAGGAGGACACCCGCACCAAGAGUAUGUUCGUCUCCCGGGCCCUGGAGAAGAUCCUCUCCGAGAAGGAGGCGAAGCGGCCCCCGCACGGGCAGCUCAGGAGAGCCUGCCAGGUGGCGCUGGAUGAAAUAAAAGCAGAACUAGAAAAGCAAAGCCAAGGCAGUGAAACUACCCCAAAACCAAACUUCAUUGAGGCAGAUAAAUAUUUCCUCCCAUUUGAAUUGGCUUGCCAGUCAAAGUCUCCACGAAUUGUCAGCACUUCAUUGGACUGCUUACAGAAACUUAUUGCAUAUGGGCAUAUCACUGGAAAUGCUCCAGAUAGCGGAGCUCCUGGAAAGCGCCUGAUUGACCGCAUUGUUGAAACAAUCUGUAAUUGCUUUCAGGGUCCUCAGACUGAUGAAGGAGUUCAAUUACAAAUAAUAAAGGCUCUUCUCACUGCUGUCACGUCUCCGUAUAUAGAAAUUCAUGAGGGAACAAUCCUUCAGACUGUAAGAACAUGCUACAACAUCUAUCUUGCCAGUAAAAAUCUCAUUAAUCAGACAACUGCCAAGGCUACCCUCACUCAAAUGCUGAAUGUCAUUUUCACUCGGAUGGAAAAUCAAGCUAUUCAAGAGUCAAGGGAACUAGAGAAAUCAAAUCAGCAAAGAUGCCAGUCCCCCAUGAUUCAUACUAUGUCAGGGUCUCCCAAGAUUGGUCGACUGAAGUACAGCCAACAAGAAAGUAAACCGUCAACUCCAGUAAAAACAGAUUUGACUAAUGGUGAGCCAGAAGGAAAAGACAAUGAAGAUCAGAAACCAGAGGACAAUUUGACUCCUUCAGUGUUUGAAGAAGAAACUGAUGGAGGCAAAGCCAUUGUUAAAAGCAUCUUGGAGGAUGUGGUCACUUCAGCUGUUAGAGUCUCUUUAGAAGAAGAAAUAAAAAAGGAACCUUUACCUGAAUCAAGCAGGAUUCUUUCUGAACUCGGAGCUGCAGUUCCUGCCUCACCUGGUGGUUUUAGUGAACAUUCUCAAACAAAUGGAAUUCCAGAUGACAGACAGUCUGUCUCAUCUACAGAUAAUCUAGAAACAGAUGUACCUGGACCUCAGGCAGCUGCCAGGUUCUCCCAUAUCCUUCAGAAGGAUGCAUUCCUUGUGUUCCGUUCGUUGUGCAAGCUUUCAAUGAAACCGCUUGGUGAUGGGCCUCCAGAUCCUAAGUCCCAUGAGCUACGCUCUAAAAUAGUAUCCCUGCAGCUGCUGCUUUCAGUUUUGCAAAAUGCUGGUCCAGUCUUCAGGACACAUGAAAUGUUCAUAAAUGCAAUCAAGCAAUAUCUGUGUGUGGCAUUGUCUAAAAACGGAGUAUCUUCUGUUCCUGAUGUUUUUGAGCUUUCUCUUGCCAUCUUCCUCACCCUUCUCUCAAACUUUAAAACCCAUUUAAAAAUGCAGAUUGAGGUGUUUUUCAAAGAGAUCUUCCUAAACAUUUUAGAAACCUCAUCCAGUUCCUUUGAGCACAAAUGGAUGGUAAUUCAGACCUUGACUAGAAUUUCUGCAGAUGCCCAGUGUGUGGUGGAUAUAUAUGUUAACUAUGACUGUGAUUUGAAUGCUGCAAAUAUUUUUGAACGGCUAGUAAAUGACUUGUCUAAAAUUGCCCAGGGACGGAGUGGACAUGAGUUAGGCAUGACACCUUUGCAGGAACUAAGCCUAAGGAAGAAAGGUCUUGAAUGUUUGGUCUCUAUUUUAAAGUGCAUGGUAGAAUGGAGUAAAGACCUAUAUGUGAACCCAAACCAUCAGGCCAGCCUUGGUCCAGAUAAACCUUUAGAUCAUGAUAUAAGUGAAGGCAAAUGUUUGGACAUUGGGGGAAGAAGAAGUAGUGCAAGCUCUUUGGAUUCAACAGUCUCCUCAGGAAUUGGGAGUGUAGGCACCCAGACUGCUGUCCCAGAUGACCCAGAGCAGUUUGAGGUCAUCAAGCAACAAAAAGAAAUUAUUGAACAUGGGAUUGAACUGUUUAACAAAAAGUCCAAGAGAGGCCUGCAAUAUUUGCAGGAGCAGGGAAUGCUUGGUGUAGCAGCAGAAGACAUAGCCCAGUUUCUGCACCAAGAAGAGCGGCUAUGUUCCAGCCAAGUGGGAGAAUUUUUGGGGGACAGUAACAAGUUUAACAAGGAAGUCAUGUACGCCUAUGUAGAUCUGCUUGAUUUCUGUGGAAAAGAUUUUGUCUCUGCUCUGCGUAUAUUUCUGGAGGGAUUUCGGUUACCUGGUGAAGCUCAGAAGAUCGACAGAUUAAUGGAAAAGUUUGCUGCUAGAUAUAUUGAAUGCAACCAAGGCCAAACUUUAUUUGCUAGUGCUGAUACUGCAUAUGUUUUAGCGUAUUCUAUUAUAAUGUUAACAACAGACUUGCACAGUCCCCAGGUAAAAAAUAAAAUGACAAAAGAGCAGUACAUAAAAAUGAAUCGUGGGAUCAAUGACAGCAAAGAUCUUCCAGAGGAAUAUUUGUCUAGUAUAUAUGAUGAAAUAGAGGGAAAGAAAAUUGCAAUGAAGGACACAAAAGGAUAUGCAAUCACAACCAAAUCUACAAAGCCAAAUGUAGCCAGUGAGAAACAACGACGGUUGUUAUACAACAUGGAAAUGGAGCAGAUGGCAAAGACUGCUAAAGCUCUAAUGGAGGCAGUCAGCCAUGCAAAAGCACCUUUUACUAGUGCAACUCACCUGGAUCAUGUCAGACCUAUGUUCAAACUUGUGUGGACUCCAUUAUUGGCUGCCUAUAGUGUUGGCCUUCAGAACUGUGAUGACACUGAAGUAGCAUCAUUGUGCUUAGAAGGAAUACGAUGUGCUAUCCGAAUAGCCUGCAUUUUUGGCAUGCAGCUUGAACGAGAUGCUUAUGUACAGGCACUUGCUCGCUUUUCCUUGUUGACGGCAAGCUCCAGCAUCACGGAAAUGAAACAGAAAAAUAUAGAUACAAUUAAGACACUUAUUACAGUGGCACACACUGAUGGCAAUUACCUAGGAAAUUCUUGGCAUGAGAUUUUGAAAUGCAUCAGCCAGCUGGAGCUAGCACAACUCAUAGGAACUGGAGUUAAAACACGUUACCUUUCUGGGUCUGGACGUGAAAGAGAAGGGAGCCUCAAAGGGUUCACAUCUGGAGGAGAAGAAUUCAUGGGUCUUGGACUAGGUAAUCUUGUUGGUGGAGGUGUUGAUAAAAGACAAAUUGCCAGCAUUCAGGAAUCUGUAGGAGAAACGAGUUCACAAAGUGUGGUGGUAGCAGUGGACAGGAACGUCGCCGACUGCGCGGGACGAGGCAUGGCAGCAUCACUAGCUCUGCGCCGGCAUGCCUGGUUGAGGGGAUCAGACCUCAACACCAACACUAAAUCGGCCAUUGAGGACAUGCCACUGGACGGUACCGGCCUUUUCCACGCCGACACUGACGAGCGUCUGAACUGCAAGUUCAGAAUGAAGGCUGCGGCUAAGAAGCACGGGAUGUCGUCCACCCCCAUCUCGCCCUUCAGAAGGAGGCACCGUCCUUGGCCGCCACAAGGUCAGUCCCAGGGCUCCUUUUCUCAAGACCGACAGCCCCAGCAGCAGGGCUCGCAGAGGCGCCGUUACCCCUCGCAGUCUUCCUCCUCCUCUGGCCGUCGUAAUUUCCCACCUCGGUACCUUUGCAAGAUUGGGAUUUCUACAGUCCCGUUUUCAUUGGAUAUUUUCUUCUUUGAAGAAAUUCUUGUUUCUCAUUCACAGGUUGGUUGUAAUCCUAAUGAAGAUGUUGCCAUCUUUGCUGUUGAUUCUUUGAGACAGCUAUCAAUGAAAUUUCUUGAAAAGGGAGAGUUAGCCAAUUUCCGAUUUCAAAAAGAUUUUUUGAGGCCUUUUGAACAUAUCAUGAAGAAGAACAGAUCUCCAACAAUACGAGACAUGGUAAUACGCUGCAUUGCUCAAAUGGUGAAUUCUCAAGCUGCUAAUAUUCGCUCAGGGUGGAAGAAUAUCUUCGCAGUAUUUCAUCAAGCAGCAUCUGAUCAUGAUGGAAAUAUUGUGGAGCUGGCAUUCCAAACAACAGGGCAUAUAGUUACUAAUAUUUUUCAACAGCAUUUUCCUGCAGCAAUAGAUUCAUUCCAGGAUGCUGUAAAAUGUUUAUCAGAAUUUGCCUGUAAUGCUGCCUUUCCAGAUACCAGUAUGGAAGCUAUUAGGCUGAUCCGUUAUUGUGCAAAAUAUGUUUCAGAAAGACCACAGGUUUUAAGAGAAUACACAAGUGAUGACAUGAAUGUGGCUACUGGUGAUAGAGUUUGGGUCAGAGGAUGGUUCCCUAUUUUGUUUGAACUGUCUUGUAUCAUAAAUCGCUGCAAGCUUGAUGUGCGGACAAGAGGGCUAACGGUUAUGUUUGAAAUCAUGAAGAGCUACGGCCAUACUUUUGAAAAACACUGGUGGCAGGAUCUGUUUCGAAUUGUGUUUAGAAUAUUUGAUAACAUGAAGCUCCCAGAGCAGCAAACAGAGAAAUCUGAAUGGAUGACUACUACCUGUAAUCAUGCACUUUAUGCAAUUUGUGAUGUAUUCACACAGUUCUAUGAGGCUUUGAAUGAGAUUCUUCUGGCUGAUAUAUUUGCACAGUUACACUGGUGUGUAAAACAAGAUAAUGAACAGUUAGCUCGAUCAGGCACUAACUGCCUAGAAAGCCUGGUCAUAUUUAAUGGACAGAAAUUCAGCCCUGUAGUCUGGGACCAAACUUGCAACUGUAUGCUAGAGAUCUUCAAAACUACAAUUCCUCAUGUUUUGCUGACAUGGAGACCAGCAGGAAUGGAAGAUGAUUCAUCAGAAAAGCACUUGGAUCUGGAUCUGGAUCGCCAGUCUUUAAGCAGUAUUGAUAAAAAUGCUUCAGAAAGAGGACAAAGCCAGUUUUCAAAUCCUACAGAUGAAAGUUGGAAAGGUGGCCCUUAUUCAAACCAGAAACUCUUUGCCAGCCUCCUCAUUAAAUGUGUUGUGCAGUUGGAAUUGAUACAGACCAUUGAUAACAUAGUAUUUUAUCCAGCAACAAGUAAGAAGGAAGAUGCUGAGCAUAUGGCUGCUGCUCAGGUAAGAAACUUGAAUACUCUUCCAGAGCUGUGUUUUACAUUUACCACAAAAUAUGGAAGAUGUCAGAGGAGAACUAGGCACAAACCAAAGCUUCUGAGACUCCACUUUGCACUUCUGCAUGCGGUUCAGCUUUCCCUCCUGAGAGCAUUUUUAAGGCUCCAACCCAGGAGCCGUUGGAUGACCCGUCGGCGCUCACUGCCGCUCUGGACCCCCCGAAACAGGGUCCGUCGGGAGAAGUCCCUCGACCCUCGAAAAAGGACAAGAAACACAAAAAGGGAUGAAGCUCGGGACACCGGCAAGGGCCUCUCGAGCUCCCAUAAGGGCUGCCUCGAGUCCUCUUCCGAGCACCCACUUCCCCACUUCGAAGUCGGUUCCACUCAGGGUCCUCGCCACCAAGCCUUAACCCUCAGCUCGGCAAGUCACCAAGAAGGCGGGGACCCUUCGACAUCUAAAAGACCCCGCAUCCUCUUGGGAGAGACCACUCUGCAUGAAGCGUCGUCACCAGGACGAACGGGACCCCCCCCGGUGCCCAAGAGAGAGGUGCCCCGAAUGGAUGAUAGUCUCUUAACUUUUUUUCCUUUUCUUCUUUACAAGUUCAAAGCACAUGCUUCAACGUAUUAUCCCUACCUAUGUGAAAUAAUGCAGUUUGACUUGAUCCCAGAGCUUCGAGCUGUGCUGCGAAAGUUUUUCCUGCGCAUAGGUGUAGUAUUCAAAAUUUGGAUUCCUGAAGAACAGUUACACACAAUGGGAACCCAUUCACUUGCAUGGUAAUUCCAUGGCUCCUCUUUCCCAAAGUUUGCAUCAUGCUCGGUUCAAAGAAUGGAUGCAGAAAGAGAACAAGAAAUAACUGGCCUGCUUCAAGAAGAAGAAACCACACCAUGGGAGCAGCAAGGUUACAUUGGUUAAGCUGGUAUUUCUGAAGGAAAAUUUAUCUUUCUUUUUUAAUUCUGGCUGCCCUAUAGGAAUAGCUGUUAGCAUUUGACAACUUAAUACAGUAAAUGUCAAGUAAUUCUUAUUACUAUGCUUGUCUCUUCAAAUCUAUUCUUUGCAGUGGUUCCCUUUUAUACCUUCCAGGAGCCCAUGAUGUGCUGGAAACAAUAAAUGAAUAGAAAGUAUUUCUAUGAGAUAAUACUGAAUGUAUUAAUAUAGGCUUGUGAUGUUAGCAAAUAUAUUAAGAAGUGUUUGAGAUGGUUACUUGACCAGCCACACGGGAAAAAAUCCAAAGCAGUUUUUAUCUCUUUUACUACUACUCCCAACUUGAUGUAUAUUGCAGAAUGUGUGUGGUGCAUCAUUUCUAGAGUGGCACCAUAUUUUCAUGGCCUGGGUCUGAUCAGUUUUCAUCAUAUGAAAGUAUCCUUGAGAUCAGGAUUAUUAUGAACAAAAUAAUUAGCAUAAUAUAUUACUACACAGGAAAUACCUUCUCGUUCAAAAAACAAAACCCAUUACACAUGGCCUGUCAAUCCAGUUACUAGUUUGCUUAUGAUUUCAGUUUAAGAAGCUUAGCAGCUUUGAAGAUUCUUCUGAUGCUUAAUAUUUAAUUAUAUGGAGCAAAUGGCAAAGUGGAACUUUAAAUUUAAUCUUUGAAGUGCACAUUGAUUUAAAAUUUAUGCUAGUUACAAAACCUUACCCUUGUCAAUAAUAUAUAACUAGCAUUGGGGUAAAAACAGUCUUAUCUUUAAUGCAUAUUAAGAUAUUUCUAUUUUUCUGCUGAACUGUGAGUUAAUGGUUGUUUUAAUGGCUUGGUUAGUAUUUUAUUAGCAUUGGUGGUAUGUGGGAGAUGAAUCUGGUUCCUAUUGGGACCACUUGAUUUAUUAAUAUAAAUGCACAUGUACUUGUGAUAAAAGCCCGUUUAUUAGGGAAAAAUAGGAAGGAAACCUGCAAUCGUAUCAUUGUAGUCCUUUUGGCUCUUCUGAUUGGUUCUGAAGGCAUUAUAUAUUUUUGGUGAGACCAUGUCUUAGUAUUCUUUGCUGAGUAAAAGAAAUAGUUUUGUAAAAUAUGGCAGGCAAAACUUGUGUAAUUGUAUUUGUUUGAUAAUAAUGAGUGUAAAAUUUGUAUAUGAGGACAGGAAGGAAAUUGUGUCCAUCCAAAUGUAUUAAAAAUGAAAGUACAAAAGUAUUAUCAAGCAUAUUUUGUCUUUAGCCAUAUCUGCAAGGAUGAGUUGUAAAAUAAUUAACAAAGUAGGGUGGAAAAUAGUGAUUGGUUGGCUGCAAGUGUUUUUGAAAUAAGUUAAAUGGAAGAUGAUCAGUUCUGAGAUUAAUUAGGUUCAGCUUGCUUAGAACCUCUUUCUUAAUAAACUGGGUUUGGCUCUUAGCACAACCAAAGGUAUAAUAUUUUGGGGACAACCAGAAUUGUUGGCUGGGUUUUAUUUUAUUAAAUGUUGGUGCUAGGUCUUUCUCUCAUUCACGUUAAACGUUUUUGUUUAUAGCAAAGCAGUAUGAGUUCUACAUUUGUUUUCGAUCAUUAAUAUAAUAAGUAAAAAUGUUGAAAUUUAAUUUCUCUACCAAAGAAUUUUAUGUAGCAAGUGCAGAAUUUUGUUUCAUGUGAAGUACAAUGACAAAAAUAAAUAACUUAUUAGAAAGGAUUGUGGUUAAUAUUUUGCCAUGGACAAAAGAUUAUGUGGGAAAAUAUAUUAAUUUUCAUCAGCAUUUAAAGCAAUUUAGACUUACAUUUGCAGGAUAAAGAAGCACUUCACAAAGUACUGCAAGAAGCUGUUUAUUUUUAUAUAUAUAUUUUUACAUUUGUAUACUGAUUUGUAUUUUUAAUUGGAUUAUUACUUUCCCAUCCACUGCUGUGGUUCUGCUAUUAAUAUGUUGUUCAAAUACAGCUGGCCACUCAUCCUUUGUUGAGCAAAUACUCAUAUUACAGUAUUUCAGUUCACAAGGAGAGUAUAGCAGUGUCACAGCUGAUGCUUCACAAAGUCUGAAUACAUGUGGGACUGAAACAGUAUCUUCCAAAAUUUAGCAAUGUAAACUGCUAUGAAGAAGCUUUACAUGUGAGGUUGGAGCCUGUUAAAGCCUUAGUGUUAUAUGAAUAUUUCCUUAGGGAAGCUAUGUUUUAGCAGUCAACAGUUGUAUUUUUAAAUGGAUGAACUUUAAUUUAAAAACAUAUGGGGAGGGGGGAAUCUAGAUUACUGCGUAAUUAUCAUGGAGUGAAGUGUGUGAGUAUAUGUGAAGAAAUUCCAUAAUAGCCUUAUUCCAGAUGUUCUUGAAAUGUGUGUGAUAGCUCUGUGGGGAGUGAUAACAUUAAUAUAUAUAUAAUGUAUAAACAUGUUCUUACAGUGGCAAUGGGCUUCUUCAAUGUAGCUUUCUUUUGACAACAUCACGCUCCAAGAAUAAACAGAGCUUUCUCUCCA